AAAAAUUAUAAAUUUAAUUAACAUAUGUAAAGGUAAUAUAAAAUGUUGGUUGUUGAUCGUUAUGUAGAUAUUGUCAGUCUUUGAUGGUUAUUUGUGUGUACAUAUAUGAUUGAUGUUUUAGAUGCAGUUCAAUAGUCAAGUUCGGAGAAUUUGAUGCCUUGAAAUUGGUUACCAACAGAAGUAGAAAGUAUCCUGAAAUUGGAACCUAAAUUUGGGGUGGAGACAAAAAAUAAUAUGAAGUAUCUACCUACGGUUAUCAAGGACGUUGAGUAUGGUAUUGCAUCGGUAAAGGUAGAAAAUUGUGAAACCACUGAAGAAAAUAUUAAAAAUAAUUUAAGAUCCAGAGUAGUUAAUGUCAUUUCAAAUUUUUAUAAAAAGAAUAAAUUGAAUGAAAAACAUCAGAUAAUUAGAAAAAACUUAACGUAUACACGACGGUUCCUCAAGGAUAGACAAGAUUUGAUUGUUGCACGAUCAGAUAAAGGAAAAUGGAUAAAGACCCCACUAACAAGUUCGAGCGUAUAGGUAACAAUAUAGUCAAGAAGAUGAUGGGAUUAAAAUUAAUUGAUAAAUCACGUGCUGAAAGGUUGACGUCGAGGUACACGGUUGCUCCGCGGAUCUACGGUUUGAGGAAAACACAUAAGAAUACAUGUAAAUUGAGACCAGUAGUUAGCUGCAUAAACUCACCCAGUUACAAGUUUAAUGAAGACAUACAGUUUACUUUAGAAAUAGAACAAAACAAUCGCAUCUCUUUCCUUGAUAUUUUGAUAGAAAGAAGAGAAGGGUGUUUAAUUACUGACUGGUUUAUCAAACCGAUAAGUUCUGGUAGAAUGUUGAAUUUCGAAUCAAACCAUCCACGUGCACAAAAGAUAGGAAUGAUUACUGGGUUAUUGGAUAGAAUGAUUAAAUUAAGUAAUGAAGCACAUUGGGAAAAAAAUUAUAAAAUUAUUAGUAACUUGUUGUUAAAAAAUGGAUAUAAUAAGUCUUUCAUUAACGCGAUUGUAGGAAAAUUUAGACAGGAAUUGUGACAUCCAUGUGGAGUGACGUGUUUUUCGGCCGUAAAAAAAAAAAAAAAAAAAAAAAAAAAUUAAAAUUAAAAAACUAAUUGGAGGAUGUAAUUU